GCUGCCUCCUGACAACAUUCGUUCCAAACAUUCUGCCAACGUCUCUAGUUCCGUCUCCAUUGUGACACCCUUGUGCUUCUCUCCCUGUGCCUCAGCAUCUUGCGACGAUGGCAGGAGGGUAUCGUUCCCCUUGCGCUUUCAUUGUCCAGGAUGCUAAAACGCACACAUAGUUGGAACAGGCUUGAGCUUUUCCUACCGUCCCCCCGGUUCCAGGAGGACGCUAGCUGCCGAGUCCUGUUCCAGGGCAGGUUGGCGGUGGCUGUCUUGAGAAACGACAUGGCUGACUGACAGGGGACUCCUCAAGGCAGGCUGCUUCAUCCUAGCGGCGGAGGGAGAAGCAAAAUGAUGAAGGUUCUUCCUGUCCUACUGUUGACCGCCAUCUUGUGGACUAAAACGGCUUCUUCCCUGGAAUGUUAUACCUGCAAUGUAACGAAAUAUUUUGGUUGUGACACUGUUGUGAACUGUUCUAAAACAGAACGCUACUGCAUGCGUUACACUGAAACAACCUCUUCCUCCGGCUAUGCUGUGGAGCAACGCUGCUCCAACACUUGCUUGAUCGCCAAGGUUAGUUGGCCGUCGCUGUUUACUUUCACCUGCUGUCAAGAGGACAGGUGCAACGGCACAGCGAAUGUAAGGUUUGGCAUGCUUAUGCUGGUGGUGCUGGUUGUCAUCAGAGCUUUGAUUUGACCUGGAACUGAGACCCCGGGUGGGCAGAACGGAACUCAGGCGAAGCCCCUGCCCAGAAAGCAAGUCGUCUAUCUCGGCGGCCAGUUUUAGCCAAGGCGCACAGAGUAAUCCCACCACCAAAAAGGCCCUGUACCUUAUAUUUUUUUAUUAUUGCUGUGUUGCGUUCUGGACACUCUGUUUCAGGGAGUAAAGUCUAGUACCACCAGUGGCAGACUGAUGUACCAAAAGCUGGACUUCUGCAGACAGUUUGGAGGCUUGGGUCAGCUUGUGGCCAACAAGUCAUGUCUGAUAGCUCAUGGCUACUUUCUAUUUUUAACUUUUUGUA